CGCAGUUACAGCUUCAACUGCAGAACUCUUCACAGAUCAGAGGACACAGCACAGAAACAUUGACACAAUGACGGAUGAUGUUCCGCCUCUGGGGCGCAGCAACAGCUUCGGAUAUCUGCCACCUCACAUGUCUGAGCUGAGGGUUGUUCUGCUGGGGAACAGCUGGUCUCAGAGGAGUUCAGUGGGGAACGUCAUACUGGGAGAGACUAAGUUCAACACUGUGGAAGAACCAGACUGCUGUCUGACAGAAAGAUGACAGAUAAAGGACAAAGAAAUAGUUCUGAUCAACACUCCAGAUCUGCUGCAUCUCAACAUCUCUGAAGACAAACUGUCAGAACAUGUAGAAAACUGUGUGAGACUCUCUGCUCCUGGACCUCAUGUGUUCCUGCUGGUUCUACAGCCUGAAGACUUCACUGAGAAACACAAACUGAGACUCUGCAGAGUCCUGAAACUCUUCAGUGAUCAAUCAUUUGAUCAUUCAUUGAUACUGAUUUCAACACCCAGAGAGGAGAGUUCAGGUUUCAAAGAUGAACCAGACCAGCCCUUAAAAGACAUGAUCAGAAUGUGUAGAUACAGAUACCUGAAGCAGAAGAACCUUGAACGUCCAGAGCUGUUAACACGAUUGGGUCAAACUGCAAAGGAGGAAAAUAGAGAGCAUGUGAGGAAAGAAACAGGUGGAGAAAGUCAGAGCAGAGAGCCUCUCAGGAUGGUGCUGGUUGGGAAGACUGGCAGCGGGAAGAGUUCCAGUGGAAACACCAUCUUAGGCAGAGAGGUCUUUGAAUCUAAAGCCAGUCAGAAGUCUGUGACCAAGACAUGCAAGAAAGCAAUAGGAAAGGUUGAUGAACGGCCUGUCAUUGUGGUCGACACUCUUGGCUUGUUUGACACCAAUGAAAUGUCCAAAACUGAAGAAAAACAGAAGCGUAAUGAAGCUGAAAUUCAGGAGGAGCUUUUGGAGUGCAUCACCAUGUUGACUCCUGGACCUCAUGCCAUCUUACUGGUGCUGCAGAUCGGUCGUCGCUUCACACAAGAGGAAAAAGACUCUGUGAAUACCAUCCAGAAGAUUUUUGGUGAAAAUUCAGAAGAUUUCAUCAUGGUUCUGUUCACCAGAGGAGACGAUCUGAACAAUCAGUCAGUUGAAAGUUACAUAGAUGACGACUGUGAUGACUCUGUCAAAAACCUGAUUAAAGAGUGUGGAGGGAGAUACCAUGUCUUCAAUAAUAAAGAUCAGACAAACAGAGCACAAGUCAGAGAGCUGAUGACAAAGAUUGACUCCAUGGUGAGAGAAAAUGGUGGGAACUGCUACAUGACAGGGCUAAAGGUUGAGAAAGAGGUUAAGAACCUUUCGAGAGAGAUGAAAGAGAUGAAAGAUGAUUUGCAAAGAGAGAGGGCCUUAGCAGAAAAACAGGAGAAAGAAGUGGAAGCACUGAAAAACAAAAUAGAAGCACAGGCAGCUAUGGGGGAAGAAGUGAAAAACCUCAAGGAGGCAAUGGAGAGCUUGAAGAAAGAAAAAAAAGGGGGGAAAAAAUGCACCCCCCAUUCUUCCAUGAAGACCACUGGCACUGCUGGACAUCCUCCAACUUCGAAAGGAAAACCUCAGGAGGGAGUGAUGGCGGCAUCAUCCGGUCAUAUCUCUGAUGGCAUUCAGACAAGAGAGCCUCUCAGAAUAAUGGUGAUUGGAAAGACCGGCAGUGGGAAGAGUGCGACUGCAAAUACUAUUCUGAAUAAAGAAUGUUUUACAUCCAAAGCCAGUCAGACAUCAAUCACCAAGUGUUGCCAAAUAGCAAGAGGAGAGAUUGAUGGACGGCCCAUCGUUGUGGUCGACACCCCCGGCAUGUUUGACACAACUUUGACUAAUGAUGAAAUUAAACAGGAGCUUUUGAAUUUAAUCAGCAUGUUGUCUCCUGGACCUCACGUGUUCUUACUGGUGCUGCAGAUCGGCCGCUUUACACAAGAGGAAGAAGAGGCUGUAAAAUUGAUCAAGAUGAUUUUUGGUGAAAACUCAGGUAAUUUCAUCAUGGUUCUGUUCACCAGAGGAGACGAUCUGAACAAUCAGUCAGUUGAAAGUUACAUAGAAGAAGACUGUGUUGACUUUGUCAAACACCUGAUUAAAGAGUGUGGAGGGAGAUACCAUGUCUUCAAUAAUAAAGAUCAGAAGAACCGAACACAAGUCAGAGAGCUGCUGACAAAGAUUGAGACCAUGGUGAGAAAAAAUAAAGGCUGCUGCUACAUGGAAAAGGAACUGAUAGAAAAACUGUUUCAGAAAGAGAAGGAGGAACUUCAAAGACAACAUGAGCAAGAAAUUGAAGAGCUGAACAAAAAAAUAAAUGCACAGACUUCUGAACUGAAUCAGGAGAGAGAGAAGAAAGAAGAAAUGGAGAGAAAAAUUGAGAGCUUGAGGAAAAAACAGAAAAGUAAAAGAAAAUGUACCAUCCUAUAAUAAUGCUGGCGGCUGCCUGCACUCUCUUGGCCAACAUUUAACCAGGUUUCUAACCAGCUUUUUACAUGAACAUUUGUGAACAACAGGAAGACUUUAAACAGGAGAUGUUUAUCCACAACACUCAGAGACCCAUCAUUACAUGCAAAAUAACUCAACUCACAUAAGAAGCCUCUGAAGUCUGGAUCAGCCAGGAAACAGAUGAACAGUUAAAUUCAGACACAUUUACACUGUAAGGGAAAAACUCUGAAUUAAUGAAGAGUUCCCAAAGUGUCUUUGGGACCACUACACAUUUACACUGUGAACAAGGUUAAUAUAUAUUGUUUUUGAUAUGUGUCAUAAAUCUGACCAUGUUUCUUUCACACUGUCACUGUCACACUGAAAAGGUUAAAAUGUCUUGUGAACCUUUACAGAUGUUUUUUUGUCAUGUUGUACAUUCGUCCUUUCAGCUACUGGAAUGCAUCAGACUCUCAACGACACACAGUGUCUUUCUUUAAAAGAAUAAAACAGGUUGGUUCAAGUUAGUGUGACUGACUUUGACAGUGACAAAAGAGUAGUGAUAAAAUGUAGUAGUGUCACUGUCAUUGUAAUAGCAUGUGUUUAAAGUAAUGUCAGAAC